UGGCGGCUGAGGGCCCGUCCCUUCUGUACAGGAGAACUUCUCGUGACAUUUGAAUGAAAAACAUCGUCCCGAAAGCGCAGAAUUAUGGCUUCAGCUUUGGAGCAGUUUGUCAACAAUGUGCGGCAACUUUCCGCUCAAGGUCAGAUGACUCAACUAUGCGAGUUAAUAAAUAAAAGUGGGGAGCUUCUGGCCAAGAAUCUCUCUCAUCUGGACACUGUUCUUGGCGCUCUGGACAUCCAGGAACACUCCCUUGGGGUUUUAGCUGUUCUGUUUGUGAAGUUUUCCAUGCCAAACAUCCCCGAUUUUGAGACCUUGUUUUCCCAAGUCCAGCUCUUCAUCAGCACCUGUAAUGGAGAACACAUCCGAUACGCCACAGACACGUUUGCUGGUCUGUGCCACCAGUUAACAAAUGCCCUUGUAGAAAGAAAACAGCCCUUGCGUGGAAUAAGUAUACUUAAACAGGCCAUAGACAAGAUGCAGAUGAACACAAACCAGCUUACCUCAGUGCAUGCAGACCUGUGUCAGUUGUGUCUAUUAGCUAAGUGCUUCAAACCUGCAGUCCCGUUCCUGGAGUUGGACAUGAUGGAUAUUUGCAAGGAGAACGGAGCGUACGAUGCAAAGCACUUUCUAUGUUAUUAUUACUAUGGUGGCAUGAUCUACACGGGUCUGAAGAACUUUGAAAGGGCGCUGUAUUUUUUUGAACAGGCAAUAACCACUCCAGCAAUGGCUGUCAGUCACAUCAUGUUAGAAGCAUAUAAGAAAUACAUCCUGGUGUCCCUCAUCCUUCAUGGCAAAGUUCAGCAGCUUCCCAAAUACACGUCACAGAUCGUGGGCAGAUUCAUUAAGUCUGAGGUGUUUUUCUUGUCUCAGAUCGAGGAUGGAGAGAUCUAUGCAAGCAUCAACCAGAAGGACGGCAUGGUCUGUUUCCAUGACAACCCGGAGAAAUACAACAACCCAGCGAUGCUCCACAAAAUUGACCAAGAGAUGCUGAAAUGUAUAGAGCUGGAUGAAAAACUAAAGUCCAUGGAUCAAGAAAUCACUGUAAACCCCCAGUUUGUGCAAAAGAGUAUGGGAACACAAGAAGACGAUGUCGGCAGCAAGACGUCGAGCUACUCUUGAGGCCGUUUCUCCACAGAACCGUCCUCAUCCCAAAGCUGGAAACCAGAAUCAGUUCAAUACGGACUCUAUUGGAGGAAAACAAAAACAAAUGUAAUGCGUGGAAUGACCUGCGUUUGGUUCUGUCACAGUGCACCCUAAAACAAGAACUCAUCUUUUUUUGUCAGUGUUUAUUUAUCUAUGCUUGGUCAACACGCCACUGCAUCAUUUACGGUCAUACAAAUAAAGAUACCGGACUACUUUGUUCAAGAGUUGUCGAAA